UGUUACAGAUGGAGCCCAAUAGAAUUUUUGUAGCACUGAAACAAGUUAUUUUUUGCCUUAUCAAUAAAGCUCCGGUGAAUGUGCUGGGAGUGAAAGGCAGGCUGGGCAGGCAGUGCUUCCAGCUGGACCCCUGCCAGAGUGCACUUAACUCCUGGUGGUGCAGCUGUAAUAUGAGACUCUGAAAGGUGAGGAGCCCAAGCAGUGGAUUGGUGCUGAGGUCUGUGUUCAAGCCUCAGGUGUGAUUGAGCACAGCCGUGUCACCGGAGCCUGUUUAACCCCGGAGUGCAGCAAGGAAAACUCCUCCUCGGCACAGAUGGAGCCCUUCCCACGGAUAUCUUCUCUUUCUCCACGUUCUGGACGGGACUGCACUCACAGCUCGCCACUUCAGCUCUAGGAAUCUGAAACACAGGUUCCAAUCACAGAGGAAAGUGUUUUCCUCUUAACUGGUGCCUGCUUUCAGUCCUUCCAGCCAGCCUGGAAAGCUCCACAGGAUGCUAUGGAUGGGUGCCAAGCCUUAUUCUCAGCUCCCUGGUUCUGUCCCCUCUGAAGAUUGAAAACUGCUGGAAGUCAGAAGCUGCCCUUCCUUCUACUCUAGAAGACAUGAUUUCCAGGAAGGUGGUGGGAUCUCUUGUCUGUCUGGUUGUUGUUACUGCAGUUAUCUGGAUUACAAAUUGGAGUGGAAAAGUGCACUACCUUCCCUACUACCUUCCUUGCCCUGAAAUCUUCUCCAUAAAACUCCAAUAUACAGAAGAGAAGCUAAUCCAGCUUUUCCCCCAAUUAUUUUAUCAGCAGCCAAGAGUGCUGGCGCCAAAGCGCCAGGAUGUGCUGACGGUCACACCAUGGCUGGCCCCCAUCGUCUGGGAAGGAACCUUCAAUCCUGAGCUCCUGGACAGUGCCUACAGGGCACUGAACCUCAGCAUAGGGGUGACAGCCUUUGCCGUCGGAAAGUACACGAGGUUUGUGAGGCGCUUCGUGGAGUCGGCAGAGGAGCACUUCAUGAAAGGCUACCGGGUGAACUACUACAUCUUCACUGACAGCCCCCAGGCAAUGCCCAGUGUCCAGCUGCAGCCUGGACGAAGGCUUGUCCUUGUGCCCAUCACGAAAUACUCCAGCUGGCAGGAGAUCUCCAUGCGCAGGAUGGAGGCCAUCAACAGGCACAUAGCCGAGGUGAGCCACAGGCAGGUGCAGUACCUGUUCUGCCUGGACAUCGACAUGGUGUUCCACAACCCCUGGGGGCCCGAGACCCUGGGGGACACGGUGGCAGCCAUACACCCUGGCUAUUUCAGUGUGCCUCGAAACCAGUUCCCCUACGAGAGGAGGAGCUCCUCAGCAGCCUUCAUCCCUGCUGGGGAAGGGGACUUCUACUACGGAGGAGCCGUGUUCGGAGGGUUGGUCAGGAAGGUCUACGAGUUCACCAAGACUUGCCACAUGACCAUCCUGACGGACAAAGCCAACGGGAUCAUGGCGGUCUGGCAGGAAGAAAGUCACCUCAACAGGCACUUCCUCUCCCACAAACCCUCCAAGGUGCUUUCUCCAGAGUAUUUAUGGGAUGACAGGAAGCCAAAGCCCCCUGAGAUUCACCUCGUACGUUUUUCCACAGUGGAUAAGAACUACAAAGAGGUACGAGAUUGACCAUCUGAUGCCUGCAGAGGUGUCCUCCCCACAGUCAAACCCAUUGAAAUGAACUCACACAGAACAUGCCCUACCACGAAUUUUUGUUCCCAGUAUGAACAAACUGAGAAAGGACCAUGUGGAUGGCUUCUCUGGAGAGAACAGGAGUCUUUAUUCAUUUCAGAAGCAGCAGCCAAAGUGUAGAUGAGACUGGAAAGGUUUCUAGGUCCCUAAUCUUUGUAAAUACAAGCAUCCUGCCUGAGGCUGCAGCACCCAAAAAGGCAUCCAAAAGGCUGGUUUUCCAAACCAAGGCUGCAGAUGCCUUUGCCUGAGUGUUUUCCUGAGGCCCAGCAGAAACUUAACAAGAUCAAAAUGGUAUUUGACAUGCCUGUGGAGAAAUUCUAGAGAAAAAGAAUUUUGCAGGGCAAUAAAUUUUCAUGCACUGUGAUUUAAGCUAACACCUUUUGUCAGAAUCAGGAGGAAACUUGCACUUGGAGCACGUUAUCCCUGACUUAUGUGCAGCAGGAUUUCUUGGACCUUCUCAGCAGAGAGCUUGGUGCCAGCCAUUGCCAGUAAGAGCCUGGUCUGACAGGACAAAUAGUGUGAACUCAUGUAGCAGUUAUCUUCCAAAUUCCCCAAUCUGUCCUUUGGAGACCCAAGUUGAGACAGAACUGGCACAGCUCAGGCCCAGACUGAACUUCUCUGGGUUUAUUUCAAUCGCAGAUGUGCUCUGAACCUUCUCCCCGGGUCACAUGUCUCUGUGGAUCAUGUAAUCUUUUCCAACACAGAAAAUCUGGU